UCACUUAAAGGUCACGUAUUAUUAGCCCUUUUAGGGUUAUAUUUUAGGUUAUUAUGUCCUUAAGAAUAAAUAUUUACAGUAAAAGUACCCAAAAACAACGUCUCUAUAUUUUUUCCAGCUCCUCUUUCAUGAGCUCUGUUCAGAACACCUGGUUUUGGCCCGUCUAAGUAAUAUUCAUGAGCCUCUCUGCUGAUUGGCCUGUUGUUUUCUGAGUGACGCUCAGCCGGGCCAACCACAGUUAACUAGUGUCAUGUAUGCCGUAGUCACGCUGUGCCUUGGUAAUACACACAAUAUCAAUAGAAAAACCGAUAAGUAAAUGAUGGAGACUACUCGGGGAAAUAUUUUUCGUCCUUACAUGUUUGAGCCAGAGUCAGACCCGGAAUCGGCGCAGACAGUAGAGAACAGACCACCUCCUCAAACGCGUUUACAACAGGACGUGUCAGAAUGGUGUACUUGUGGUAACUGUGCACGGAUGUCCACAGAACGCGAGAACACAUGCUGUAAGGAGACACCCAAGGUUUUAAGAAGAAUGAACCAAGUGUUAUCACCUCCAAACUGCAUGAUUGACCAUCCUGGUCUUCAGCCUGUAUGCUUGGAUGUUUAUUCAUUACAAAAUGCAUACAAUAUUUACCGGGCUGAUUACGGGCGUUUGCGACUAAGUACACAACGGUGUUACAGGUAUCUGGCAUACAGGAGCUUUGUCAGCUGGUGCUGGGGCUUUUUGGGCCGGAGAGUUAGGGUUGUCAUUCCCUCAUGUGUUGUCCUGCGAAUACGGCGUGAGUUCCCUGAAACUACAGGCAGCUACGUAGGGUUUAGACCACCUCUCGACUGAAGCGUGACAUGUAGCCAGCGAUGACUUCAUCCUUGGGAGGUCUUUCAUACUGAGAGGAAAGUGGUUCUGGUAUUUUGAUCUUCUCUACCUCCAUGAUGUAUGGUCUAGGGUCGUCAAAGACAUUCUCAAAAAGGACUUCCAUCAGCUCCUGUACAUAGUCUAAAAAACAUUGUUUACCCUUAUUAGCAAUCGUUUAUUGAUUAUUGUUUACCCUUAUGUUCACUUUGCACUUUUAAGUUUUAUAUAAUAAAUAAAGAUUGUUAUACUUACUGUAUGUUUGCCCUGUUUUUACUGGCUUUGCAGUGCAUACCCCCUUCUUAGAUUUUGGGAACUUGAUUUUGUAAAUAGGCUUUCCAGAAGCUGAGACUGCUUGUGUGCGGUGAGCAUUCUCAUUGAAGUGCAUGGCCGCCAAGUAUAACCUGAAAACAAAAACCAUCAAAUAUGUUUUAUGUUUGAAGUCUACAGCAUUUUAGACACAACAUGUAACAUGUAGUUAGCAACAGUAGUCAUUUAAAAAAAAAAUUUUGAUGACCUUACAAAAUAUGCUUUAUCUCUUUCACUGCAUGAAUAUUAUUACAAGUCUUUUCACAUGUAUAAUAUAAAAGUAUAAUCAUUACAUGAAUAUUAUAAGAUAUAUUACCUGCACAGCAUUCCAAGGUAAGGAAAGACAACGUUCUUUGGGGCAAAACGUAAGAUUACACUGUGAAAUGCCUCCAAGGAAGAAGUCUGAUGAUGGUGACUCAACUUCUCGACAUCCUUCAGGACCCUUUUGUUCAUUAAUGUUUUAUCCAAUUUGUAAAGUGGUUUAGAAGCUAAAAUACAAACAAUAUUACAGAAGUGUUGUAAUUACUUUUAGCAAAAGAUAGUACAAAUAUAUGUAGUACAGAAAUUGAUAAGCAUUAAAAAAUUUAUUUUUGCCACAGGUACACAUUAACAAUAAAAACACGCAUAGUAGCGUCUAAGUAUUCCAUGUUUACAUUGUAAUAAAAAUUUAUCAACCAAAAAUAGAUCAUAGACAGAUGUAGGAUUGUGCAUAUUAUAUACACACCUGGCUGCAACCACUUGCUCGGGUCUGUGCUGCUUUUUUCUGGAUGUUCACAUUUUGGAAAGAGGGGAUCUUCGUGAGUGUGGAUGUCUUGCAGGUGGUUGACGAGUGACUUCCACUUUGCCACUUUCUCUUGUCCAGAGGUGGAUGAUGUUGCAGUCCAGUAUACGUGGUUCUUGAUACUACGCUGCCAUUUUCUCACUUCUUGACAGUCUUUCUCUUUUGCAAUCUUGUCCAGUUUCUUUGACAAGCCUGUAUACCAAUGAAAUUUUUUUGACAAAGGGCAAAUUAGACAAUGUUAAUUCAAACAGAGUACACAAUAAUUUUUUUAGCAAAAAAUCCUCACCUUUUUCCAGAUGCCAGAUAUCAUAAAACUGUUUGAUAUUGUUGUCUUUGAGAUAUUUUUGUAUUUGUGGGUGACGGUCGGUGACAAUGUAGUCCAACUCGAUACCACGUGCUGCCAGCAUCGCAAGGCUCCUUUUCAGGCCCUCCAGUUCCAUAUGGUAGCUACCACCAACUUCGUUACUCUGGUGGUAUAGAAAAGACAUGGGUGUUUUAAAAUAUAUUUCUAUGUUAUUCUAGCAAUGGUUGCUUGAUGUCUAUAAACUAUAACAUGGAACUUAAUCAUAAUCAAGUUUUUCAACAUUAAAAAAAGUCUAUACUGACUAUAUUUCUGUCAAAAUCACUUUGGAACAUAUACACGUCAUCAAGUAAUAGCCACUAGCAAUAUUUUCAUUCUCGUGCACUUCACACUGACCUGCACCAAUUGAAUAUCAAUUAUCGUUUUUUCCCGAAGGUUCAUCACACUGUAGCUUCCGUACUUUGCAGAGUGUCCUGAGUGAAAACACGAAAGAGCAAAAAUGAAUAAAAAAACAAAUGCUAUUUCUGAAAAGAUAUAGCAUUAAUAACAUUUUGAAGAUGACAAACAAGAAUUUUAUACCUGGUGAGUCCGCCCUCAUAUCACCUCCAAUUAUGGCCUUGUCAUGUUGGCUCAGACGCUGCAGAAGUGUCUCCUGGUCCUUCCCCCAUUUAUGGAUAAUGGUUGGUUCCAGGUACAUCCGAGCAUGUCUUCUAAAAGUGUCGUAUUUAAACAACGCUAUAUGCAUCGCAUUGAAAAUCUAAUGAAAGAAAAUGCACAAGUUAUUACAUACACAGAUCCGGAAAAAAGUAAACACACAUACACACACACACACACACACACACAUAUACAUGAAAAUAGAACUUUUGAAAAAUAGAAUAAAUAUAAAUUGAAAAUACCUUUUCAAGCUGAAUGAAA